UGAUGUAUAUACGGCCUUGACAGAAGGGUAUCUGCCCGGAAUGGCGUGCAGAAGAGGGUUAAGCGAGUCCAUAAGGGGUGGAAGAACUCUUCUGUGUAAGUUCUCGCAUGGCUUUAAGGAGAGGGAAUCCAGAUUCGAAUGCUGAGUAGGAUGUAAUUAGGGUUUACUUUACUCACACGACCCGAAAUUUUGGCUCGGUGUGAAUAGAUUAGAAGUAUAUAAGUUCUAGGCACAGAGCUAUCGAACGUCAAGCUCUUUUCCUCUCCACCUCCUCCUCCUCCUCGAGAUCGACACAUUAAUUCCAAUCGACUCGACACCAUCCUCCAAGAUCCAAGAUGACGCGGCUGCAACUGAGCGCCUCCAGCUCGAGCUCGGAACCGGCCAAAGCCAAUGACGGCUACCAGUCGAACGACAAGGACGUCCGUCAGCUCGCGCUGUCCGACUCCGAAUACAAGCUCCAGACCUGGGAGGAUCUGACUGCGAUAAUCGCGGAGAACCGUCUCGACGAUCUCAAGCGUAUCCCGUCGGAUCUCAAGCGUUACAUCGCCUGGUCGAAUAAGACCCGCGAGGAGUAUGGGUCUAUCCAGAAGUUUGUGUUGAAGCAGCGCCUCGGAUGGGAGGAUCUUCAGUGCAAGAAUCCCAAGCCGUAUGCGGACGCAGAGGAUACCAAGGUCCUGAUCAACGAUUGGCCCUACGGCAACGCCCCUGGCAUCCUGCACCUCGUUUGCUGGACGAAGUCUCCGAUCUCGACGCUGCCGGGUUUGGGCGACCUCACUCCCGAGGCGAGAGCCAUCAUCGAUAAGUGGGUGCAUGAUACCUUCGUGGUUGCGCUCGGCAAGGAGAACGUCCUGUGGUUCAAGAACUGGGCCAGUAUCCAGAGCGUCAGGAGCGUUGAGCACAUCCACGUCCUCAUCCGCGGAUAUACCGACGAGUUCCUGGCCUCCGUGGUGGGAAAGGAUGCGGCCGACGGUACGAUCAGGCUUGUUGGAGAGCUCGAGAAGGAGGAGAAGCCGAGUGGAAUGGAGUGUGACGAGAAGGAGGAGAAGCCGAGUGAAAUGGCGUGUGAGGAGAAUUAGACGCGUCGGCUGCCGGGACUGGAGAGGUUGCAUAGACUGCGGGCGUCGUUGAUCGGGGUUGAGGAUUGUUUUGGGCGUCUACUAGAGCUCGAGAGCUCCAGGGCUCUCUGGAUGGGGUUGUUUUCUUAUUUCAUUUUUUCAUAUUACCUCAUAAUAGAUGCCUGUUUGAAGGCGCCGGUAUUUGGGACAGGGUAGGAAUAGACCACGAUGAUGAAACAGUUGUUAGCCUGAG